GUCUCGACGGCGCCGCCCUCGAUGUUUCGGGAACAAGCGCUGGCUCGUCCGACGAAGCGUGUGGAAUGACUUUCGCCAGCUCGUCUGUCGUCGUGCGGCACCUUCGUGAAAUUCGCCCUGGCAGCAUUGAGACGGACCACCAGGAGCGAUUUGUCAGGAGUUAUGCGGAUCGCCUGUGGAGAUCAAUCGGCGAUGAACAAGAUAAAACAAGCGACUUCGUGGUCCCAGAGGCUCCUAGUUUCAGUACGACUUCUGAUCAUCAUCUACC